UCACUGGCGUCCCGGGCGCGCAGGGACCAUGGAGAGGACGAUCCAGGGCGCGGACGGCGGCGGGGGCAGCAACAGCAGCAGCCGCAGCAGCAGCCGGGCCACGUCGGCGGGUUCCUCGCCUUCCUGUUCCCUGUCGGGUCGUGGAGUGUCCGGCCGAUCGGUGGCCAGCGUCGGGCUGGGCGGCGGGGGCAGUCGUAGCAGUCCCGGUUCGGUGGCCGCUAGCCCGUCCGGAGGAGGUGGCCGCCGGAGGGAGCCGGCGCUCGAAGGUGUGCUCAGCAAAUACACCAACCUGCUCCAGGGCUGGCAGAACAGGUACUUUGUGCUGGAUUUCGAAGCUGGCCUCCUGCAGUAUUUUGUGAAUGAGCAAAGCAAACACCAGAAGCCCCGAGGAGUCCUGUCUUUAUCUGGAGCCAUCGUGUCCCUGAGCGACGAGGCUCCCCACAUGCUCAUGGUGUAUUCUGCCAAUGGGGAGAUGUACAAGCUGAGAGCUGCCGAUGCAAAAGAGAGACAGUUCUGGGUGACUCAGCUGCGAGCCUGCGCCAAGCAUCACAUGGAAGCGAGUUCGAAGAGUACUCCAAGCUCCCGAAGCCGAAGUCUCACUUUGCUCCCCCAUGGAACACCCCAUUCCGCGUCUCCCUGUAGCCAGAGACACCUCAGUGCGGGGGCGCCCGGCGUUGUCACGCAUCACAAGUCGCCUGCAGCCGCCCGGAGAGCCAAGAGUCAGUAUUCCGGCCAGCUUCACGAAGUCAGAGAGAUGAUGAAUCACGUGGAAGGACAGCAGAAAAACCUUGUGCACGCCAUCGAGUCCCUGCCAGGCUCUGGCCCCCUCACUUCCCUGGACCAGGACCUGCUGCUCCUAAAAGCUACCUCCGCUGCCACCCUCAGCUGCCUUGGGGAGUGCCUCACCCUGUUACAGCAGAGUGUGCGCCAGGCAGGCCCCCCCAGCCAGAAGCCGGGGGCCCCAGAAAACAUCCUUGGAUGGCACGGGCCCAAGUCACAUUCCACAGAACAACUGAAAAACGGGACCUUUGGCUCCCUGCCCUCAGCCAGUGCCAACAUCACGUGGGCAGUUUUACCGUCCUCUGCAGACGAGGAGCCCGCCCCGCCGCCGCCGGAGCCGGAGCCAAACUCAGGCCCCGAACUGGUUUUGUCUGAAGAUGAAAAAAGUGACAAUGAAGAUAAGGAAGAGGCCGACCUGGGUGUCCUGGAAGAUCAGCGCAGCGUAAUCCUUCACCUGAUCUCACAACUUAAACUCGGGAUGGAUUUGACCAAGGUGGUGCUCCCCACGUUCAUCCUGGAGAAGCGGUCCUUGCUGGAGAUGUACGCAGACUUUAUGGCACACCCCGACCUGCUGCUGGCCGUCACUGCGGGGGCCACACCAGAGGAGAGAGUCAUUUGCUUCGUGGAGUAUUAUCUCACCGCGUUCCACGAGGGACGCAAGGGCACCCUGGCCAAGAAGCCAUACAACCCCAUCAUUGGCGAGACCUUUCACUGUUCCUGGGAAGUUCCCAAGGACAGGGUCAAGCCGAAGAGGACUGCUUCCCCCUCCCCCACUGGCUGUCACGAGUACCCGGUGGCCGAAGACCCUUCUGAAAGCUACAAAUUGAGGUUUGUGGCUGAGCAAGUAUCCCAUCACCCACCCAUCUCCUGCUUCUACUGUGAGUGCAAGGAGAAGAGACUGUGCGUCAACACUCACGUAUGGACCAAAAGCAAGUUCUUGGGCAUGUCCGUGGGGGUCUCUAUGAUAGGGGAAGGUGUGCUGCGUCUUCUGGACCAUGGGGAAGAUUACGUGUUCACCCUGCCCAGUGCCUACGCCCGCUCCAUCCUCACCGUGCCGUGGGUGGAGCUCGGAGGGAAGGUCAACAUUAGCUGUGCCAAGACCGGGUACUCCGCCACAGUGACAUUCCACACAAAGCCCUUCUACGGUGGGAAGGUCCACAGGGUCACAGCUGAAGUGAAACACAAUCUAACCAACACCAUCGUUUGUAAAGCACACGGGGAAUGGAACGGGACCUUGGAGUUCACCUACAGCAAUGGGGAGACCAAAGUCAUCGACACGACCACUCUGCCUGUGUACCCUAAGAAGAUCAGGCCCCUGGAGAAGCAGGGGCCCAUGGAAUCCAGGAAUCUCUGGCAGGAAGUCACCCGGUACCUGCGACUGGGAGACAUCGAGGCAGCCACGGAGCAUAAGCGGCGCCUGGAGGAGAAGCAGCGAGCGGAGGAACGCAGACGGGAGACCCUCUGCACCCCGUGGCGGCCCAAGUACUUCAUCCCGGAGGGCGACGGCUGGGUGUAUUUUAGCCCCCUCUGGAAGGCACACUGAUGGGGCGGAGGUGCGGAGCUGCCCUGAAUAGCCCUGGUUUUGUAGGAAUUAAAGUGGUACGGUACCAAGGUUCUGUUGGCAUUAAUGAGACUUCUUGGUAGCACCUGAGAAAUGGUAACAGAGACAGCGAUUGCGUCCUGUGAAGCACACAGCCAGCCCAGACUCCGCCACAGGACUGGAUCUAUUCAAGAGCCAUCCGGGGAGUGUGUGCAGCGUUGCACACGCGUACCGUGUCCACAUCUGCCGGGUCUUGCUACACGUGCACACACAGCACUCACCAACGCUGAAGUGAGGAAUGGUGAGCUCCUUUUUUUUUUUUUUUUUUCAAUCAAUGAAAGCUUUGAAGUUUUCUAUUUUUCACUUUGCCAAAAAUCCUUUUGCACUCACAAAAAAAGUGUUUUCACUCAGUCAAAUUCCGGUAAGACGAAGGUCGGGGUGGCAUGGCCAGUUGAUGUCCCCACAGGAGAGAGUGGCUCGUUCCUGGCAGAAGGCUGGGCGGCCACAUUUGGCGGUGGCUGUGAGCUCUCGUCUCUGCGCCGUCUGUCCACACUCAGGAAAGAGGCACCACUCCUUCCUGCUCGAUGGGAGCUGACGUGGAGUCUUCCAGAAGGCAGCACUUCUGGGGGGACUGCAGCCAGGCCUUCUAGGGGUUGGUUUUGUUCCAUCUUCCACUUGUCUCCUGCCCAAAGCACGAGCCCCAGUCCUUCACAUCGGAAAACGAAGACUUCACAACUGCUAUCUUGACAAAGGGCUUCAAGCAGUUCACGACACACAUGCAUACACACACAUGAUCCAGCCCUCAGUCUCAUGGUUUGGGGAAGAAAUGGAUAUCCUGUGGACUGUUUUUGUCCUCAUGUGCACUUCUGAUUUGACUGAAACUCUUCAAGCAAGCCAUUGUGGUAAUAACACGCAUAUGGCUCGUGUAAGUGCCCCACAUUUUCAGUAGAAUUUCCGCCCUCAACCCUUACAAAGGACAUGACUCAAGCAAGGGAAAGAAAAAAAUCUGAUUUGAUUUCUGUUCAGUGCUUAAGUUAUUUUUUACCGUGCCACGCCAGUGAUAUUUAUAAAAUCCAGUAGCAUGAAUGCUUCUCUGUAGUAACACUAAUUCUGUGCCUUUUGUCUGCUUUCUUAAGACCAACUGUUCACACUUUGUAGAUAUUAGACAAAUAUAUUUCGAUUAAAUACUAUACCUGUCA